AUGACUGAUCAGGAUUUCAAUUUUGCAACAACUAUAUUAACAUCCAAAACCCCACAACAGGCGGCAGCAAUUAUUCCUAACGUAAUAACUGGCUCCACUGGAUUGAACAAGGAUUUAAUUACAUGGUUCAAACAUUAUAGCUCAACAUUGGAAGGCUAUACUCAGGGGUUACAACAAUUGAUUGAUGAGGCCAACAAAAUAGCAGAGCGAAGCAGUGUUGGCUUUAACAAUUUUCCUCGUAACUGGAACUGCUUGGUUAAUGCCAUAAAGACCGAACACGACAACAACGAAACUAUCAAUAAACAUUUGAGACAGGAAAUCAUCAAUCCAUUAAGAGAGUUGGUAGAAAAAGAUGUUCGUGUUUCUGAAUUAAUAGUUAAUGGACAAGAGUUGCAAGAAAUAAGCGGUAAUUUGAAUAGAGAAGGCGAGAUACAGUGGAACUACAAAGCACCACAAGGUUUUCAAAAUUUGGAAGAUUUUAAAAAAAUUGAGAUUCAAGUGAUGUUUGAUAUAAUCUUGAAUUUCUUCCAACUACACAAUGGUAGAUUAACCAAGGAUUUGAAAAAUAAUGAAAACUCUACUAAUUAUCUUUUGGGAAGCUUCAAAUUGGAUGCAGAAAUGCAGAACCAAUUAAAAUAUUUGGUGAACACUCAAUUUGCAACCCCGCAGAGAGGAUUCCAGCAUCAGGGCCAGCAUCCUCCUACCGCAGCACCAAACAAUAAGCAAAGAAGAAGUAGCUCAUUCGCUAAACUGGAAAAAUCAGCAUCUCCAAAGAAACCUUCAAAACUAAAAUCCAAAGUCGGAUCGAUUUUUGGCAGGAAGAAAAAGAAGGAAAAGUUUGCUGGUGCUGAAUCCAUUGCUGAAGAUGAAUCAUUAUCUGAAGUUUCCUUGCCACCUACAAGAACAAGAAAUUCUUCGAUGUUGUCUCGUAGCAACUCAACGAGAAGAUCUUUUAUUGACCGUUUCCAUAGAGAUGAGUCUAGCACUGCCAUUUCAAGACAGCAUGAGCACCAGCAGCUGCCUUUGAUUGAACCUUCGCAACACGUGGAGAAACCCCAGCCGGAAAUUCCCCAGCCGGAAGCUCCACAUACCAAAUCACUAGAACCUGUUUCAGAAGUACAAAAAGAACAGUUCCCACCUAUACAAAAUGGUCCAGAAAAGAGUAGUGAAAAUCAACAACCCAGAGUUAGUGUGCCCACACAGACCUUGUCGCCGGUUACACCUACUCACGAUGGAUUUGGUGGUUCUAUUAAACCAUUACCGGAACCUGUUGAUUCUCCAAAUGUGAUUAAAUACAAUGAUUCGGAUGAUUCUUCUACUGAAGAACGUAGAGCCUCGUUACUUGAAAAACACAAUUUAGAAGUCCAGCCCGUACCUUCCCCAUUCACUACUCAACCACCGGCGCCUGUACCUCAAUCUUCCAGAUCUAGACAAAGUAGUGAUGGCAUUUACUCGUUUGAAGCAGGGGAUGAUUCCAACCCUAUCUCUGCUACACCAAGAUCUGAGCAAAAUGUCUUUGCACAGAUGCCAGACCCAAAUUUGUCUUCCGAGAAGACCCUUGCUCCGCCACCUCCACCUUCGAGAAAGGUUUUGCACCAUGAUGAACCAGCUGUAAGAGAUUCAGCUAUUUUCCAUAAUUUACCCGUUGCUUCUCAUUCUGGAAGAGAUUCAGUUAUGGCCCCAUUAGCAAGUCAAGACACGGGCCAUUCGUUGUUGAAAAAUGACUUUAAACAUGAAAACUUAGCCGCCACCCUCGGAUUGAGUUCUUCUAUUGCCGAAGUCAUCAAUGCCAGCUUCAAGGAUGGACAGUUGAUUAAAUCGCAAGUGGUUGGAGAAGUGGCUUUUAACUAUAACGGCAAUACUUCCGACCCACUUGUUGUCACUAUUCCUAAUAGUUUUGAUAAGGUCCUUGUAAACAAGACUUUUAUUGAAGAUUUGGGUCAGGGCAAGUAUAAAAUAAAUCCAGCUUUUAUCACCUCCAAAACUCUUGGCGGUUUGAAAUAUCUUUUGAAACCAACACAGGUACCUGUGAUAAUCCAACAGAUUUGGAAAUUUGAACCUCAUCAAUCGAGUUUAAUGGUCAGCAUUCGUUCAACCACACCUUUGGUGUUGGAAAACUUUGUUGUCUCUGUGGCUUUGAAUCAUGACAUUGAAGCAACCUCGGCUUCCUCAAAACCUCAAGGUGCGUUCAAUAAAGAGAAGAACAGAAUAACGUGGAGAUAUCCACUGUCACUCACGUUGAAUGGUGAAGAGCGUUUGAUAGCUAGAUUUAUGACAAAUGGGUUGGGUUCAGAACACGAGUCAGGAGUACAGAUUAAAUUUCAAGUUAAGGACCCACAAGUUAAAUACUGCAGUAUUUACAAUGAGAACGGCGAAGAGAUUCCUACGUUCAGAAAUUUGGUAAGUGGUAGUUACAGCGGUCAUCUUUGA